AUGGAGGCCUUGGGGAGCACUGAAGUACCAGCAACGACUUCAUUGGCGUCUUCAGUCGUUCCAUCUUCUACUUCUCUGAUCUUGAGCAGUCCAACUGCACCGUUGUCGCCCAUCAGUGAGGCGAGCAGUGGCAGCUCUCCGACCCCGGUAGGCCCUAUUGUCGGCGGCGUUCUCGGCGGCCUCGCCAUUCUUGCUAUUGCCGGCUGCAUCGUAGUCUGGCUUAUUGUGCAGAAGAAACGCGGAACAUCACGGCCAUUCAGGAGGUCGACAGUCGUCCAGGAGCUCCAGGGAAAUCACAGCCCUCAUCAUGGACCACAGACUGAGGGCUGGUACGGACAAUCCAAGAGCAACCCCGCCUCGCCCACUUCUCCAGUCAACACCCCGAUAGCCAAAGAAGUGUAUGAGGCUCCUGUGGUGGAGAAGCCGGUGCAGCUCCCCGCGACGGUCAAUUCGGUAGGCAGCCCGAGUAAGCCGGCAGAACUCGGAUAA